AGUAUCAAAUGUAAUGGAUCCAAAGCUACAUAAGAAAUGCUAGAAAAUUUUGAAGCUUCUACUUCGACAAGAAAAAGAAAAUGAAUUUUGAUUCUGUAAAAUGAAAAAUACCAAGUGGGUGCUUCUACUUUUGUUGUACACACUUCCUCAUAAAGUAUGUAUUUUUUGAAAUUCCAUUCAAAUAAUAGAUAACGCAGUGUAAAAUACUCUCAACUUAGAAAUUCGAGAAGUAAAGUAAAAUUUAUAAAAAGUGCAGGGACUUUGAUAAUAAUAAUAAUAUACCCUUCUUAAUUCUUAUUAUUGCAUAAUUAUAAGUCAACUGAACAGGACGCCUCGGAUCCGCUUUUUUUUUUUUUUUCCCCCCCAUUUUUCCUGCUAUUUUCUUCUAAUUUCUCCUCCUUAAUUACCUCUUUUAACUUGAUUUGCAAAGAGCAGUUUCUGCGAGCAAGAACAAAUGGAUCAUUAAUGGCUCGUUUGGCUGAGAAGUAAUACUCUUGAGAUAAAUUCUCUUCUCGCGGUUCCCAGUACCGAUCAUCAAAAGAGAAAAAAAAAAAGGAUAAAUGCUUCGUGCCGACGAAGAACUCAUGAAUGCCGAUGAAGGCUCUAUUGAAGUCGGCACCACCGGCACAAUAGGCUCUCUCAUUUCAAGGGAGUUAGACACCGUUAAACACCCUCCGUUCUCGCGAAAAAAGCACCAAACAAGCCCUAUUUUAGUACACUAUAGUGCUAUUUCUAAGAAGCCAAUCAAAAAGCAAACCCCACAAAAUGAUUUUAGCAGCAGCAGCAGCAGCAGCAGCAACAGCAAUAGCAGUAGUAACAAUAACCAUAAACCUCGGAGAAGUGUUCGAUGCGACGGGAGCCAAGUUCCGAUACUGCGCGUGGAUGAGAUAUAUGCAGAAAGGAAUUCGAAUGUAGAUGUCGGGGGGAGCAAACAGCGAGUUUACGCUGUCGAAAUGGUGGAUGUAAAAUGCGACAAUCUCUUUAUCAGACGGCAUAGAAAGAUCGGCUUUGCGAAGCUCUCCGGUUCGAUUGUGUAGUGAUGAGAAUUGGAUGAAAUUGGAUGAAAAGAAGCUCUUUUUUCUUUUUCUUUUUUUUCUGCUCUGUUGGAAUGGAAUUUGUUGUCUCUUGUGAUUUUUUGAUGGAUUUAGCGAAGAUGGUAUAUAUGUGAGGUAAUGUGAUUGUUUGAAUGCUUUGAAAAAGAUGAUUUUAUUUUAUACAUAA